GAAUGUAUGUGGGGUCAGGAGAAAUCGAAUAAACAAGGGGUCUAAGGUGAUACAGGCCUCAAUCCUGGUACGCGCCCUAGGUCAAACGUUCAGGUCAAACAGCCAUUGGCAUUGAUGUCUCAGACGGACAGACGGUGAUAAAGACCUUAGCCAGAUGCCCGUCGGGUAACAUGACUGUCAAAAAGUUGGCCAGUCUCAUGGAGGGCUGGCUCGUAUCUCAUAAUGUGGACAGGAGGUUAUGUCUACUCAGAUCCGAGCAAGUUACUAAGGACGAUGCUGGACCUACGAACACGUUUAAUGCCUACUUCGGCUCUCGUGAUUGAGGAUUCCCUGCUCCCAACUGGAAAACUUGUCCCUGGAUUGAAUCCGGAUCUGCAUUCUGCUCAAAAUCCCAUUCCGUCCCUGCUGUCUCUGAAGCUGCAUUCUCAUUCUCAUUCGCUCACAAAUUCUGCCGUAUCGCUAAUACUUUCUUACUAUCCUCAUCUCAUCACUCCUUUCACUCAACUAUCCCUCUCCUAGAUUCCUAUAGACGUCCCCCGUUAUCCCACUCAUUCUCAGUUAUCUUCCAUAGACACAUCCCACUGGGUGGUUUUCGUCCCGUACUGGAUUAAU